AUGCCGAGGCAGAUUGGACGUACUAUUUAUAUUCCAGGGUUGCCAUAUGUGAAACCGGAACCUUUGCUUUACACUUCUGCUGGUACCGGAAAAUCUCGAAACGCUAAUGAAUUCCACCAGACGGCAAUCACAUGUUUGUCAGCUCAAGAAGAUGAGGAGCUGUUGACUAGGAUUAAAGAAGCUUGGGUAUUCCAUGUCACCUAUGAGAAUGGCUUUGACUUACGAGAAGAUGAAUCUCGCCCUUAUCAUGCCAUUGGUACCCGUAUGCUAUUUCAACUUCUCAGAGAGAAAAUGACGCUUAAUAAAAUUAUCGAGACAUACGAGCCACCAGAUCCGUUGGAUGUUGUGACAUUGAUUGCCAAACAUUAUAAUCAAGACUUGAAAAACAUUACAGUCAUUUUGGUUGUUGACGGCAUGCAACAACUUAUGGUGAACAAAGAUGACAAUUUAAGGUCGGAUUCUUCGUUUUACAAGACUCUGACAUCUGUCGCAGAUCUAGCAUUUUGUGGCACUUUUGUGAUACCUGUUUGUACCUCAACUAUCACCGAGCCGAUUGAUGUAAAUGGUUUGGUCCCGGUCUUCAAAAAUGAUGAGAUUACUAAUAUUCUUGUGGAAGACUGUGGAGGGCAUGGAAGAGCACUAGAAGUUCUGAAUGAUUGCUUGGCCGGUCGUAACAUUGAAGAAUGCAACGUCAAUACUUUGAUGAAUGAUCUGCGUUCUAAAUUUACCGAAAAAUAUCGCGAUGCUAUUUUUCAUUCCGCGGAAGAUGCUAGGCCCAUUGCGCGAGCAAUGUUAACUCGACGUAUUUUAAAUAGAUAUAAACCUAUUCCUAAAACCCAAAAAACACCGGAUGAAUUCGUCGGAGGUGGAUUGAUUAGAUUCGAACAAAUCAAAGGUACUAGAGAUGGAUACCUCACUGCACCAUACAUCUGGCUCUGGAUAUUUGUAGAGAUAUCUCAACAGAGAGGAGAUCCGAUACUACGAGAUUGGGAGUUAGCUGAUUAUGAGGAGCAAAGAGCACUCUUGAAUCCAGUAACAUCAUUACAGGCGAAGUCAUGGCAGAGUUUUGAUAAUUUUGUUGCAUCAUUUCGUUGUAUAAAGUCAGCCGUGAUAGAUGAAGAUGAGCUAGUAAAGAUAUCAGAUGUUCAUGUAGGAGCACGUUUGAAUGAAACAAAAUCUAAAAGUCUCACUACAAGCGAAUGGAAUGUUGAUUGCUGUAAUUCUACCGUUGAUGUCUGGCAAUUCAAACAUUAUAUAAUUAAUGCCCCUGCUUCACCUUAUGGAGAUUCCUUCCUUUCAUUAGAUCAGCCGGGUACCGAGAAUUCGAAUGAAAUCCACCAAUUUAAAUUGCGGGAAAAAGCAGUCAGUAAAAAGGAGUACCAGGAAGAGCGUGAAAAAUCUGCAUCGGAAAAUGAUUUUUUCAUCCUCUUUACAACUGCAAAUUGUAAUGUUGAAAUUCUGAAAAGGUCUGGAUCGUAG